AUGUCUACCCAGGACGAGAGGCAGAUAAAUACUGAGUAUGCUGUAUCCUUGCUGGAGCAGUUAAAAUUCUUUUAUGAACAGCAGUUGCUAACUGACAUAGUGUUGAUUGUUGAGGGCACUGAAUUUCCCUGCCAUAAGAUGGUUCUUGCAACAUGCAGCUCGUAUUUCAGAGCCAUGUUCAUGAGUGGGCUAAGUGAAAGUAAACAAACACAUGUACACCUGAGGAAUGUGGAUGCAGCCACUUUACAAAUUAUCAUAACUUACGCAUACACGGGUAACUUGGCAAUAAGCGACAGCACGGUGGAACAGCUUUACGAAACUGCCUGCUUCUUACAGGUAGAUGAUGUGCUACAACGGUGUAGAGAAUACUUAAUCAAAAAAAUCAAUGCAGAAAAUUGUGUGCGUCUAUUAAGUUUUGCUGAUCUCUUCAGCUGUGAAGAGUUAAAACAGAGUGCUAAAAGAAUGGUAGAGCACAAGUUCACAGCUGUGUACCACCAGGAGGCUUUCAUGCAAUUGUCACAUGAUCUACUGAUAGAUAUUUUAAGCAGUGACAAUUUAAAUGUAGAAAAGGAGGAGACAGUUCGGGAAGCUGCUAUGUUGUGGCUGGAGUACAACACAGAAUCACGAUCGCAGUAUUUGUCCUCUGUUCUUAGCCAAAUCCGAAUCGAUGCACUUUCAGAAGUAACGCAGAGAGCCUGGUUUCAAGGUUUACCACCUAAUGAUAAAUCAGUGGUGGUGCAAGGACUGUACAAAUCGAUGCCCAAGUUUUUCAAGCCCCGACUUGGUAUGACAAAAGAGGAGAUGAUGAUAUUCAUUGAAGCUGCUGCUGAAAACCCUGGUAGUCUUUAUUCGUCUGUCUGCUAUAGCCCCCAGGCAGAAAAAGUUUACAAACUCUGCAACCCUCCUGCGGACUUGCAUAAGGUUGGGACGCUUGUAACUCCUGAUAAUGACAUCUAUAUAGCAGGUGGGCAAGUUCCUCUGAAAAACACGAAAACCAAUCACAGUAAAAGCAGCAAACUCCAGGCUGCCUUCAGAACUGUGAAUUGCUUUUACUGGUUUGAUGCGCAGCAAAACACGUGGUUUCCAAAGACACCGAUGCUCUUUGUUCGUAUAAAGCCAUCCCUGGUCUGCUGUGAAGGAUACAUCUAUGCAAUUGGAGGCGAUAGCGUUGGGGGAGAACUCAACAGGAGAACUGUGGAGAGAUACGAUACUGAGAAAGAUGAGUGGACCAUGGUAAGCCCACUGCCUUGCGCGUGGCAAUGGAGCACAGCGGUAGCAGUUCACAACUGCAUUUACGUAAUGGCACACAACUUGAUGUACUGUUACUUUCCCAGGUCAGAUGCUUGGGUAGAAAUGGCUAUGCGACAAACCAGUAGAUGUUUUGCUUCAGCUGCUGCUUUUGGUGAUAAAAUAUUCUAUAUCGGAGGACUGCAUAUUGCCAGCAAUUCUGGUAUAAGACUCCCAAGCAGUACUGUAGAUGGGUCUUCCGUAACUGUGGAAAUCUAUGAUGUGAAUAAAAAUGAAUGGAGAAUGGCAGCCAACAUCCCUGCCAAGCGGUAUUCUGACCCAUGUGUUAGAGCUGUCGUCAUCUCCAAUUCUUUAUGUGUCUUUAUACGAGAAACCCACAUGAAUGAGAGAGCCAAGUAUGCCACCUAUCAAUAUGACCUGGAACUCGAUCGCUGGUUUCUAAGACAGCAUAUAUCAGAACGCGUGCUGUGGGACUUGGGGAAAGACUUCCGGUGCACCGUAGGGAAGCUGUAUCCGUCUUGCCUUGAAGAGUCCCCGUGGAAACCUCCAACGUACCUCUUCUCCCCCGAUGGAGCUGAUGAAUUUGAGCUGGAUGGGGAGAUGGUUACUUUACCACCUGUAUAGCUCCCAAAUUAGACUGCACAGCUGAUUCUGUGCUCAGUUAUUUUGAAAUAAAUGGUUGUGAAAGAACAGGUGUGGAAAUGGAAAUAUCAAAACCUGUCUUUCAUGAGUUGUAUUCUUAUGCCCUACUUAACACUUGCCGCCAUUCAGUAUGAACCAGUGAAAUGAGCAGAUAUGCUUCCAUAAUCUGAAAUACUAUUAUCUGAUAAUUGAGAAACAUAUAUGUAUAUCAUGAGCUUAAGCAUCUGACUUGUCUAAAGAAUUAACUUCUAGUUCUAUGGAGUCUUGGUUCAGGAAAAUUAGCUUCAGAAAAAAAGUAGUUACUGUUUCUAGGAUGAUGUCACAACUCUCUUGAAAGUAUCUUCCAGUUAUAUUUGAACUACUUCUGGAUAUUCUACGUAAGUUCUAGUUCUAUAAUUGUCAGUGCGGCCUAAUUAAAGGACUGUGCUGCACUUACUUAAUACUAACAUCCAUGUUGGUAUAGUAAUGCCAUUAAAAGGAAAAGAAAAACAAAUCCCAUGGAUCUACCUGUGGUAGGAAGGGUAGAUCUUCCAUUGUAUGGUAACACGCAGGGCGAAAUGACUGCAGGUUCAGUCAAGCUGUAUUAUUAGGUGCAUGUAUUCUAUUUUCACUAACUUAUACCUGUCUAUUUAGAAUACAGGUCUUCCAAGCAGCUGGUAGUUUACCAGGUGUGGACUUAAGUUGCUGGGCUUGCAAUAGGAAUUGUCAGCCCUCAUAGUGCGGGUCUAUGUGGAGCUUUAAUCAGUAAAUGUCUCCACGUUCUGUAUUACAGUAACAUUGGCUCAUGUAUAUUACUUCCUGCUGCUGAUGUAUUUUUCCAUUGUAAAACAAAGUUUAGUGUGGAUUAACCAGGUCUUUAUUUUCUGUUAAUUUAAUAACAAGCAUUACUGUAGUGUGAUUGUGUAUAGAUAUCCCUUAGCUAUCAGGUUUUUUUACUUUGGGGGGGCGGGGGCAAACUGUUCAGGAAUAUCCUGUGCUGUGUGUGCAGGAGAGCAGAUGACUAGUGCUGCUCUGGCAUUAAUCCCAGGAACCACUAGCAGUAGCGGGGUGCCGCCAAUCUAACAUGAACACAGGUGCUUCAUGACAAACCUUACUAGCAUGUUCAGCUGCAUCAUGUUCUGGCACUGUAUUUUAAAUGACAUUAAUUUAUUAAAAAAGACUGAAUCCAA